AUGGAAAGGAUACACGUGAUCUCAGGAGGAGAAAAUUUAGUAGGCGAUUCCUUUUUUACCAGAAAAGCGUAUGCGCGACAGGCGCUGUGCGUAGACUCAGUGGCGAAGGUUCAAGAAGACAAAGACCCCAUUAUUUUCACACCUAAGGACCAAGGGGAUGUGCUGCUCCCUCACAAUGAUCCCUUGGUUAUCUCUGUCGUUAUUGCUAAGCACCCCAUUGAAAGAAUACUGGUGGAUAGCGAAAGGUCUGCUAAUCUGUUAUAUUGGAACUGCUUCGAGAAGAUGCAUAUUGCCCAUGACCGACUAAAGAUAGUCACUUCACCUCUGUAUAGCUUCACAGGAGAAGUGGUGCCAGUGGUCGAAUCGGUCCAACUGCCCAUUACACUCGGGGAUUACCCUCAAGUGAUCACUCGACAAGUUAAUUUCAUGAUAGUCAAGACAUUUUCUCCUGCCUACAACGUGAUCCUGGGACGUUCCCUCAUUAAUGCUAUGAGAGCCACCAUUUCCCCUGGAUAUUUGCUGAUGAAAUUCCCCACGCCAUUGGGGGUAGGCCAGGUAAAAGGAAAUCAAAAACAAGCCAAGGUUCGGAGAAAGAAGAGGUCAUCAGAUGCCUACGAUCCUAUGCGGACAUAUUCGCUUGGAUACCCGCCAACAUGCCUGGGAUAUGGAAUUAAUCCAGAGAUCAUAUCCCAUAAACUGAAUGUCCGUUCGGAAGCUCAGCCGAUCAUGCAGAAGAAAAUACACAUCGCCCCCGAGAGGUUGAGGUACUUGGAAGAAGAAGUAGAUAAAUUCCUUGAGGCGGGAUUCAUUAGAGAUGUCCAAUACCCCGAGUGGCUAGCGAAUGUCAUCAUGGUUCCUAAGACCAAUGAGAAAUGGCGAGUAUGCAUCGAUUUUACCAACUUGAACAAGGCUUGCCCAAAUGACUCCUACCCAGUCCCUCGGAUAGACAGGCUGGUUGAUGAUACUUACGGAUAUGCGGUUUUGAGCUUCUUGGAUGCCUUAUCAGGUUAUCACCAUAUCAAUAUGUAUCCACUUGACGCUGAGAAAACGACCUUCAUCACACAAAAAGAAGAUGUACUGUUGCCAAGUGAUGCCUUUUGGCUUAAAGAAUGCAAGGGCCACAUAUCAACGAAUGGUCAAUAA